AUGACGUUCUCGAUGCUUCGUUUGACGACUCUUCUCGUGCUGAUUGCCGUCGCAAUAAGCACAGUAUCGAACGUGGUUAAAGAUCAUUUCGUCAAGAACGGUCUCAAGGAUGUUACCCCAGCUCACGUGGCCGAGAAAAUCAUCUCUGUAUGCAAAGAGAAAUUGGCCGCAUCAGACCAUAAGAAGUGCGAAAAAAUAGCCACAGAGAACGCAGAGCUAAUUCAUACGCACUUGCGAACCGGCCAAACAGUGCGUGGUUCGUGUCAAGAGCUGAAACUGUGUUAA